AUGCCUGUUUCUAGGACCUGCCAUUACCUGUUGCAGGCCCGCAGAGCAUUCAAAUCCAAAUCCUCAACUGCAAGUGAAGGGUUUGAACAAAAUCAGUUCUCAGCAGACUGGCACGGCAAUCGCUGCAUUAAGAAGAGGAGAAAUGGUGAAAAUAGUGGUUUACUGAGAGGGGUCGAUUGGGCACGGGACCCAGCGAGCGUCGAGCCUCUGGGUGUGGUUUCCGCAGAAUCUGAACCAUUGGAAUUAAAGGAUGGUGGAAGGGAGGAAGAAAAAGAAGGUGUAAGAGAAAGCGAUUACGAGGAAUUGUGCAGAGUGGUGUUUGCACAGAAUCUCUUCUUCUUGGGGAGCCAAAAUUUGCAGUGGCUUGCCAUCUUCUUCCCCUGCACCGUCCUAACCUUACUCCGCCAUCUCCUGAUUUGA